AAGGUCAUCCCGCUAUAGCGAUCACGAUAAACCCGCCUUCAUUGCCGCCGUCUGUGCCAGCUGAACCUCCUCAUCUCCUCCUCUCCAUACCUACACACGACGACUCAACAAAAUGGGUGUCACUUUUGACAAGUGUGAUACGCGGCCGGCGCAUAUCGAGGCCAUCCUCAACGGCCUGGACAGAUACAACCCCGAGACCACCACAGUAUUCCAAGACUAUGUUGUCCAGCAAUGCGAAGAGCGCACAUUCGACUGCUAUGCCAACCUGGCUCUGCUGAAGCUCUACCAAUUCAACCCUCACCUCCUCCAGCCCGAAACCGUCACCAACAUCCUCGCCAAGGCCCUCACCGUCUUCCCCUCGCCCGCCUUCUCCCUCUGCCUUGCCCUUCUCCCCGCCCACACGCAGCCCUUCCCCACCGCCGACACCGACGCCUCCCAGACCUCCGACUUCGUCGAAUCCGUCCAGAAGCUCGCCCGCCUGUCCACCCUCCUCGAGUCCGCCCAGUACGCCCAGUUCUGGUCGACCCUGAACUCCGAUGACCUGUACGCGGACCUGGUCGCCGACGUCGCCGGCUUCGAGGAGCUCGUGCGCAUCCGUAUCGCCAUCGAGGUGGGCAAGGCCUUCCGGGAGAUCAACGCCGAGGUGCUGGAGCAGUGGCUCGACCUGCGCAGCCGCGACGCCCUCGAGAAGUUCGUCACUGAGGUCUGCAGCUGGGAGGUGGACAAGGCUGGUCCCAACGGCACUGUUAUCAUGGUGCCCACGAACAAGGAGAACGAGGCACGCAGCGAAGUCAAGAGCGAGCGCGUGGGUGUGGAGAUGUUCGGCCGUGUGAUCAGACGGGGUUUCGAGCAGGCCGCAUGAAGUGGGGUUCUAAUGGUCUAAAAAUGGGGAUUUUCCUUAAUUCUUUCUCUUGCUCCUUUUUCUCUCAUCCUAUUUUAGAGGUCUGAUGUUGGCAUGGAUCUCUUCUACUUGUGCUAAGACAACCCAAUGAUGAUGAAGGUAGAACCAGCAUGGGAGGUUCCGGAAAAAUAUCUUGGGACCCGGCGCAUUUGGCGUUCUGAGAUUUCGGUCUCUGUGUGUAAAGAGAAACAAAGUAUCUUGAUUUAUAGAUCCAUAACCAGCUGGAAAU